AGGACUCGAGUCUUUGUUUACAUAUCACAGAUUUAAGGCUAAAAUAUUGCUUUUAUUUUUGCAUUCAUAAGGUCAUAAUGUUGGCUGUCAACAUUAAAUGAGUUAUAUUCUUAAUGUUUCACAUAAAAAAUAAAAAAUAUUUUGUUCAAAAAUCGUGAACCAAUCCCUUUAACUAAAUACCGAAUUUUGAAGAAAAAAAUCCUUGCACUAUUGAAUUUCCAUAUUUGCAACCAUUUCCAUUUUCUUCAAAAUAACUCACACCUAGAAACAUAUAAUGACGAUUAUCCCGACCCCCUCGCUACUUACCAAACAAUCCAAUAUAUUAACCUCAAUAACCGAACUAACUUUAACAGAAUAUUAUCUAAUGUCUCCAUUGAUGGUUUGGUUUAGUGCCGUGCAUGUGACGUAACACGGCAGCAUAAAACAGAGCGUGCGAACGUCAGGUGAUGCGCACGUGUGUGUAUAUUAUUGCUUUACGCUGAUUGGUAAACUUUUCCUUGUUACGCUGAUUGGUAAACUUUUCCUUGACGGCCAGGUGUAAUAUUGUGUUACUAUAGUUUAAAAUUCAAAUACGUCUAGAGAUUUCUUGUGUCGAAAGCUGUGGGUAAGCUAAAUCGCUUGGCUGCUACGUGGGUCAAUAUUUAAUUUCAAAUAUAUAUCUGAUGAAAUUCAGGUAACGUGUGCUCUUACUUAAUGACACUCUAUAUACAUGUAAACUUAUCAGACAACCUGUUAUCUAUGGACGACCAGAACAUACAAUCAUUUAAAGUAGUACAUUGCAAGAUUUAAAACCUGUUUAAUUUUCUGUUGUGGGAAUUUUCACGUUGACUAGUAUACAUACCCCCUUAGACUGUCUUGGCGUUUAGUGUACAGCAUAAAUGCUGAUCGAUUAUCAGAACUCUGGCCUGAACUGUGUAUAAAGGUUCUAUAAGUUCAGUAUUGAUCCUGUUUUGUUAAAAAGAAGUAAACGCUUAAUAAAUAAAAGACCUCAAAUGAAAAAUGUGAUUUUAUGCAUUCCUGAUCUUCUUCUAUCACUCAUGCAUGUCAAUACUGAGUGUAUGCUAUAUAUAGAACCAAACAUAGAUAUGUAGAUCUUUAAACUUAAAUUUUAAGAUAUGAUCAAAAUGGCCAAUCCAGCCAUGUUUGUAUCCCUAUUACUGUCCGUAAUAGGGGUCCUGAACCUGGCUGUGUUGGUCAUGCAGGCUUAUUUUCUUCUGACCACGUCUUCUCGGGACGACAAAAACUGUACCCGCCUCUGUUUACCUUGUGAGACUGGUAAAGACAGGGUUUGUUGUGGUUGUCAUGUUGACAGUUUGAAGGGAUAUCUCACCAAGCUAUAUCAAAGAUCUAAAGACGAUGCAGGAAAGCUCACAUACUUAACAGACCCCCACGUCACAGAUGCCCAUUAUGUAUCGUCAUCUUACAACAAACCAGCAGCAAAACUCGCAGGGGACACAGAGAUCGAGUCCAAAAAGUCAGAAAUGAAAUCAGUGAAAGCAUGGCGAACUGACAAUAUGUGUUACCUCAUCAAUGGCAUGACAUUACGUCAUGGUCGCUUAGUCAUCCCAUUGGCUGGUUUAUAUCACGUGUAUGUCAUGUUUGAUUUGGUUCGUUACCUAAACAGUACGAAAGGGGCGUCCAUCGUAGUUAUGAGAUACAAUAUUCUAAAGAACGAUGAGGUUCUCUUCUCACGGCCCCUGCCCGACUGGGCGUCAUUGGUCCCACAAAAUAAUUACCUACAUGUCUACUUAGGGGCAGAUUUCAAGUUAUACCCAGAAGAUGAAGUUUACGUAAAAAUCAAUCAAGGUCUACUUUUUAGAAACCCCAGUGCUAAUGUAUUUGGAAUAUAUAUGUUAUAAUUAUUUAUGUGGUUUAUAUUUAUAUUGUUAAAGUGUAGAUUUGUUAUUCUAUACAAUUUUCUGUGAUAGAAACCAAGCCUACUUCAAUAUGAAUAUGCAAUAUACAAGUAUAUAUUGUGUCAAUACCGAAUCUGAUUGGCAUGUCAAUUUUUGAUUUCUACAAUAAAAAAAUAUUUGGAUUAA